GGCCAUGUGUGCGACCAGCGGUAGGAAAGGACCCCGAGAGGGGCUCGUCGCAUGUGGCCCGCCGCCGUCGCCUCUGUGGAGAAGGAGCUGCUUAUGUGGGCCGCUGGAUAAACACGCGCGUUUAUUUUUUCCCCUACCCCCCCGCCUCAUUCGUGUUAUGGUGGUGAUGAUGUCGGUGACGGAUUUGUUCAGCGUUAUCCAGGGCUCCCUCACCGCGGACCAGGAUGUGAGGGAGGAAAUAAGAAAAGUUGUUCAAGGCCUCGAACAGACAGCUCGUGAGAUUCUUACCCUGCUGCAGACUGUUCAUCAGACAUCUGGCUUGAAAGACAUACCAAGUAAGUGCCAGAAAGCACGUGAACAUUUUAAUGCUGUGAAGGUACAUCUAGAGGAACUGAAGACCAAGUUCCCUCCAGACCAGUACUACAGGUUUAACGAGCACUGGAGGUUCGUGCUGCAACGCCUCAUCUUCCUGGCAGCGUUCGUGGUCUAUCUGGAGUCAGAAACCCUGGUGACUCGGGAAGCUGUUGCAGGAGUACUAGGAAUUGAAGUACACCGAGACAAAGGAUUUCAUCUCGAUAUUGAGGAUUACCUUUCAGGACUGCUGAUCCUAGCUAAUGAACUGUCGAGGCUCGCUUUGAACAGCGUCACCGCCGGCGACUACUCCCGGCCCCUCCGAAUCUCCUCCUUUAUCAACGAGCUGGAUUCUGGAUUCCGCCUGCUCAACCUGAAGAACGACUCCCUGCGGAAGCGCUACGAUGGCCUGAAGUACGACGUGAAAAAGAUAGAGGAAGUGGUGUACGACCUGUCAAUACGUGGGCUAGGGAAAGGAGACGGACCCACCGAGGGCAAAGUGGCGGAAAAAUAACUUUUGGUGGGGUGGUGCAGGGUCGUUGAAGGAGGUAAAUUAGUUACUGACAGACAUUGUUUGCAAUGUAACUAUGGUGAUGGAGACAGGCAAGGUGUUGGCUAUAAUGUUGGCAUAGGGGGAAGGGAGUGAAAUUAUCCCACGUUGCUGCAACCUUGUGUUUAAGAGGUUUAAUUUCCCUCUGUGUUAAGGGGGGUUGUGGGCAGCCUUAUUUUCUUCAAGAGAAAAAUCCAUGCCACUAAUUAUUUCAAGUGGUAAGCUUUCCUGCACAUGUACAAUACAUCCCACCCUUGUCACUCAAGUUGUGCUCAGCCCAUUUAACUUUAGACUAGGCCUUUUAUGUACUGCAAAUGGAAUAAACCAAAAUGUAGAGGUA